CCGGCCCGGGCUGUACCCGCACAUCUGCGAGCGCUCGGGACGCGGCAGCACCGCCGGGCCGGGUCGGAGCGAACCGAUCCCCCGCUGCCGCUCCAUCUCCCGUCCGUCCCUCUCUCCCCGCCUCCCUCCGUCGGUCCCCGCCUCCCUCCGUGCUCGCGGAGCCCGUCUCGCCGUGUCCCUCGGCGGGAGCCGUCGCGGGCGGGCGCGUUGCGAUGUCGCUGUGGCUGCGGCGGGGCCGCGGCCCGGAGCGCUGGGCGGCCGAGCGGCGGGAGCUGCAGGAGCGCAGCCGGCAGCAGUGGGAGAGCACCAGCCGCGCCUUCGCCCGCGCUGCCGCCGCCUGCUCCCUGCAGGCGCGAUGGAGCGAGCCCCGCGUCCCCCCGCCCAGGUACGGCCGCGGUCGGUGCGGCGGGUCCCGGGGCGGUGCGGGGAUCCAGCUCACCGCCGGUGUGUGCGGCAGCGCGGCGGCGGCGCGGCGGGACGCGGAGGAGGCGGCGGCGCGGCUGGAGCGGCGGCGGGAGCGGCUACGGCGGCUGCUGGGCGAGGAGCGGGAGGCGCUGGCGGCGGAGCUGCGGGAGCGGCGGCGGGGCGGGAUGCGGAGCCAGGAGCUGCGGGACGGCCCCGGAGAGUGCGGGAGGAAGUUUGCUGAGCCGCCGCUGCAGGAGCGCUGGAACAAAAACAACGCGGAGCUCCGAGAGGCAGAGUCUGAGCUGCACGGGAAGCACAUGAGGGAGGCUUGGAGGGAUCAGCUAACACAAGAAAACAAGGAAGAAGGGACCAAGCUUGUAGAGAAGAAACGUUAUGAAAACAGGUACGAAACGGCAGGAGGGGAAGCGCUGGAAGGAACGAGACAAGAGGAAGAGAAGCCUCAGCUGGAGAAGACCUUGCUUCAGCAGAUAGAAGAACUGAAACUGCAGGAGACAAAGGCAACAAAGCUGAAAAAGGAACAAGAGAAUUUAUUAAAGCAGCGGUGGGAGCUGGAGAAUUUGGAAGAAGAAAGGAAACAAAUGGAAGAGCACCGGAGGAAGAAAGAGCUUGGUCGCUUUUUGAAGCAUCAGUGUGACGUCCAGUUAAGGAGACGAGCGCAGCAGGUACAGGAGGAGCUGGAGACAGACAGGCAAAUCUUAUCAGUCCUCCUGGAGAAAGAAGAGGAGGAUCAGAGCUGGCAGAGUGCGCAGCGGGGACGCGCGGUGGCAGACGUGGCCUGGAUGAAGAAGGUCAUUGAGGAACAACUCCAGCUGGAAAAGGAGAGGGAGGCAGAGCUUGAGACUAUCUUCAGGGAAGAAGCAAAAAAAAUGUGGGAGAAGAGGGAAGAAGAAUGGGAAAGAGAGAAGGUGGCCAGAGAUCGCCUGAUGAGUGAGGUCCUUGCAGGCAGGCAGCGCCAGAUCCAAGAGAAGAUGGAGCUGAACAGGAGGGCCCAAGCAGAGUCCAUUAAAUAUCGAGAGCAGCUGAUCAAAGAACUGGAGGAGGCCAAGGAAGGGACUCAGCAGGAGCAGGAGCAGCAGAGAGCCCACGGGAGGGAGCUGCAGGCACAGGGGACAGAGCUCAGCCUGGGAGAGGAGCAGCAGCAGCAGGAGGGAUCAGGCCGGCAGCACCUGGAGGCCAGGCAGGGCUGGCACAGCAGGUUCUACAGUUACCCAAGAGCAGCUUGGACCUGAGGAAUGAGCAUGAGAUGCAGCUCCAGACUACAGAAAGAAAACUCUGAGGACUCAAGGAACUCCUGAAAUAAUGAUGCCUCUGGAACACCCUACUGUGAGAUCAAGACUUGACUCAAUAGAUUUCUGAAAACAUUUAGUUGUGGCCAAGCUGAAGAGAAGUUCUACUGUCUUCAGGAAUGUGGAGGUGUGAGCACCUUCAGAGAAGUGAACUGCUUCACUUUGCAUUCUGGAGUUGUGCUCAUGUAUUUUGGUAUGUGAGAGGCUGAAGCAAUCCAGCAGAAAAAAAAAAAAGGGCCCUGUGGACCUGAGCCACAAGAGAAUCUGUGUCUCCCCAGGAAGAGGAGCUGUGGGGCUGUGUCACUCCCACCUUGGAGAAUCAGGCUGUGCCUGGCUUCCCACUGGACUGUGAGGAGUUAAUUAAUAAUGUAUAUUGCAAAUCAGCCAGAUCGUGUGUGCUGUGGCAGCAGUGCUUGGCCACUUCCUCUCCAGAAGGUGCUGGAGAUUUAAACAUUGUUUUUCACUUGUUUCAUAAAUAAUGAAUAAUUGAAACCUGAACAAGGAUUUGGUUUUGUUACAUGAGCAAACUACAGCAGCAACAGGAGAGGAGGCUGAGUUGAUUAUUGCAGUUCAUUCCUUGCUGUUACCAUCCACAACUGCAGCUUGACAUCAGUCCUGUCACAGUGCACAAGGAGCUGCUACAAAGACUGGCAGCACUUUACUCAAGAGUAGAAACCUUUCCAGAGAUCUUUAGAGAACCAGCAGUGAAAUAAGCCCACAUUAUUUCACACACUGAAAGGGUUUUAGCAUUUUAUAGUAAUACUGUAAACAAAAGAUUAAAAGUCAAAAUAUUGUACAGACAGAAUGACACUGAUAAAUACAAGGUUUGGAAAAAGGCAAAAAAAGCUUUUCCUUUCCUCUGCAGCAUUUUGUAAAGGAAGAGCAAGUUUGUUUACAGGGGAACAAGAGAUCUAGUCCUAAAAGAAAAACACACCUUUGUUACUGGAGGUGCUACAAACUCUGUGACUGCAGUGCUGUGAGUGGAGGGUUCAUGAACUUGCUGCUGGGGGUUCCUGUGGGG